AUGCUUGCACCGUCAAAACCCCGUGGAUAUGGAUCCUCAGGCAGUACGUUUUAUCCCAUGGUUAUACUAGGGGCCGGUAUGGGAGGCAUUGGUAUGGCUUGCCAGUUGAAAAAAAAGAUUGGCUUUGAUCAAUUUCAUAUUUUUGAGCGCCAGUCCGGUAUUGGAGGGACAUGGUGGAUAAACAGAUACCCCGGUGUUGCAUGUGACAUCCCAGCCAUAUUCUAUUCAUUUUCAUUUUAUCAGAAUCCCAACUGGUCGUCAUUCUUUCCCAGCGGAGAAGAAAUACUGCGAUAUCAGCAGUCCGUUGUCGAAAAAUUUCAGCUUAUUGACAAGAUACAGCUAAAUUCUGACGUUGUCCAUUGUCAGUGGGAUGACUUUAAGAAUGAAUGGAAAAUUACCGUCCGCCAUUUGGUUCCUGGUAUGGGUGAUCUCUCUGCCGCGGAACGACAAAAUUUGGAAAACCUCAAAGGUCCCGAUGCGGUCUAUGUCUCGUCAGAGAUCGUACGAUGUAAAGUACUUGUGAGUGCGGUUGGGGGUCUGGUAGAGCCGCGGGGCUGGCCGUCGGAUGUUUCGGGCCGUGACGAGUUUCAGGGUGAAGUUUUUCAUUCAGCUAGAUGGAAUGAGAAAGUUAAUCUCGUUGGAAAGAACGUUCUCGUGGUGGGUACAGGUUGCAGCGCGGCUCAGAUUGUUCCAAAACUUCUUACUGAAAAGGGUGCCAAAAGAGUGACCCAAGUAAUGCGAGAGGCACCUUGGGUUGUUCCAAGAUUAACACCACCAUUUGGAGAAGAGGGUUGGAGCAAAUUUGCGCCAAAAGUAUUCAGGACAGUCCCAGGUUUGAUGGAUUUUAUUCGGAAGAUUGUGGCUAUUCAAAUUGAUGCCACUUUUACUUAUUUCGGGGCAUCAGAAUCUAGCCAACGAGCACGGAAGAAGUUACGAGAGGAUCUACUUGCUCACCUUCAUAACACGGCUCCAAAGAAGUACCACCAACUUCUCACUCCCAAUUACGAUGUCGGCUGUAAGCGUCGAAUAUUCGACACCGAUUGGUUCCCAAGUCUAGCUGAUCCUCGCCUUGAGCUCACUACACUGGGACUCAAAAGCGUAAAAAGCACUACUGCGAUCCUGGCGCCAUCUCGGAAGACACAUCCAUCAGAAGCUCAGAUGGAUGAAAAAAAAAUACCCUGUGACAUCAUUAUCCUUGCCAACGGCUUCGAAGUAAGCAGCUGGUUCCAUCCGCUAAUGGUUGUCGGUAUAAACGGAGAAAGUCUGAAUUCUGUCUUUGACAAGAGAGGAGGACCUCAGAUGUACAAGGGAACUGCAUUAGAUGGGUUCCCAAACUUUUUUGCGUUGUUUGGCCCUAAUUCCUUCAGCGGACAUUCCAGCGUCAUCUUGGGCCUGGAGAACCAGAUCACCCAUGCCAUUCAGCUUAUCCGCCCACUAUUACAAAACGAUAUAUCCAUGAUUAAUUUAAAAACAGAGGCGGCGUUAUCUUACAACUACGGAAUACAAGCCGCCUUGAAGAACAUGGUCUGGAAUAGCGGCGGUUGUUCAAGUUGGUACCUAUCCAGCAAUGGUCACAAUUCAGUGAAUUAUCCGUAUAGCAUGCUGUGGCAAAGCUGGACAUGUCUGUAUCCUACAUGGUCCCACUGGAAUAUAUCAUGGACUUCCCAAGGCCUCCCAUACAACGACAAACAGCAGGGCAAGAGAGUAGCCACAGGUUCGACUGGUACGGCUCAUAGUGCCCCAUGA